AAGUAAACACCGCCGACCAAUCGCCUGCGCGAGGCCCAACCAUGACGGCCGAGAGCGGCGUGCGCAGCACCACCCAGCUCCGCGUCCGGAGGCGGACCGCCAACACCGCUAGGGUCACCCUCGGCAUCGCCCACCAUGAGAACGCUCACCACCGCAAGGCGCCUUCGCCGCUGCCGCUCUUUCCCUCCCACGGCCCGUUUUUCGCCCGGUGGUCGGUUCUCGGUGUGGCCGGCGCCUUGCGGCGCCAUCUCUUGCCGUGCUCCUUCGCGAUCUUGCUCUUGGUCUUCAUGGGCGUGGAGUAUACUAUUCCCAUGGUACCUUCCGCUUCUCCGCCGCUGGAUUUGGGGUUCGCCCUCACGAAGCCGCUCAAUGCCGCGCUCGCCGCGGCGCCCGCCCUCAACACCGCGCUCGCCGCCCUCAAUACGGUGUUCGUGGGCAUGCAAACUUUCUACAUAUUAUGGACAUUCCUGGUGGAGGGAAGGCCACGCCCUAUCAUUGCAGCUCUCUUUAUGUUCCCAUGCAGGGGAAUCCUAGGCUGCUCCACCCAGUUACCACUCCCUCAGGGCUUUGUGGGCUCCGGUGUGGACUUCCCCGUAGGCAAUGUCUCCUUCUUCCUCUUCUUCUCUGGUCAUGUUGCCGGCGCCGUGAUCGCGUCACUUGACAUGAGGCGCACACAGCGGCACAAGAUGGCGUGGGCCUUCGACGCCCUCAACCUGCUCCAGAGUGUGCGCCUACUGGCCUCGCGCGGUCACUACACCAUUGACUUGGCCGUCGGCGUCGGUGCUGGAUUUGUGGCGGAUGUGCUCGCCGGCAAGUACGAGGUGCUCAAGUGGAAGCCUGACCGGCAGCGGGCAUCCUGCAGUUGCAGGUGCAGCUGUCGCACUUGGUGACCGCGAUGCAUGGUAAUGUCAUCUUCUCUUCGCAUCCUAUCUGGUCUCUUUGACUGUUCUCUUAAUUAGCUGCUUUUACCAGUCCUGCCAGCUAAAUAUUUACAGUCGAUUAGCUAGUUCUAUUUUUUUAACAUAAUUAAUUAGCUCUUUUUAGUUUAAUUAGCUAAUUAAGUUGUUGAAAUAUUUUGACUUGUAUUAACAUAAUUUUCAUUAAGAUUGGAAUAGUUUUAAAUAAAAUUGUUUAGAGUAAUUUGAUUAAAAAUUGCUUAAUGUUGUAUUAGAUUUUGAUCAAAAUUGGUAUAAUAAUAUUAGAGUUGUUUUGAUUUA